AUGGGUAAUUAUAUUCAAAAAAUUGAAGUAUCUGUAAGUAACAGCAGUCUCAACAUUACCUUUUUUCUUUUCAUGAAGAGGAACUGAAGAUGAAUGAGGAACACCCAGCUUUACAGAGUCGAUUGGACCACACGUCGCUAGAGUUAGGAAGUUUGAAGCAAGUACUGCACGAACGGUUCUUUGUCCCACCGCUUGCUCACUUGUCCAAUGCUCCUAAACCAUCGGAGGCGGAAGCUGAUCCAACCGGUCAAGAAAAUAGACUGAUCAAUAUUGUGAAUACGAAUCAACUACCUAUUCAGGUACAAAUCAGUCUGACGCAUAAUCCGACACCUCCGUAUUUACUGAGCAUAUCAGAAACGUCUGCGAUUCCAGAUUUAAAACCAGAUUUCAGAGAAUUUUUAGAAAAUGAUUCUACAUUAUGA